UAGUAGGAAUUUACCUUGUUAAGACCUCUAUAGCUCUGUUCCUUUUCAUGUCUUAUAGUUUUCAUACUUAGAUCUGCAGUAGUCCAAAAUAUUUGCAAAAAUGUUUUUAUUCGUGAAAUAGCCUUUAGAAUAUCCUAUCAUAUCUAUUACACAGAACUGCUUGAUUCGAUACUAUACAGGCUUAUUUUCAGGAUAUUAAUAAUAGGUUAAUGUGCUCUUUCUUUCAAUGCAGGGAUACAAGGGAUGAUAUGGAUGGGUUCACCAAGUUUAAGAAGAUUACGUAUCCCUUUCUAUUUGAGUAUGAAUUUGUAGAGUGUAUAAAGAGAAGCUAUAACCUUUAUGAUGGUGCUGCUGCUCUCUAUAGAUCUGCUCUUGUCUUCAUUGUGUUUCUAGACAUUGCGGCAUUUCUAUUAGUACUCGCAAUUCUGGGUAGAUUUGUAUUUGGGACAUUGACCAUAUAUGCGUUUCUUGCCUAUCAACUCUGGAACCUACUUGCGCCGAUUGACACCGUUGAGAGAUUUCUGCGCAACGAGAAAGCAUUAAUGCCAUCAAGAUAUGCCUACACCGACAUCAUAGCAAUGACGAGACAUUUCAAAGAAAAAUUAGGCCAAGGAGGCUUCGGAGCUGUUUACAAAGGAGAGCUCCCAGGUGGCCAUCUUGUUGCUAUCAAGAUCCUGGGAAAUUCCAAGUGCAACGGAGAAGAAUUCACAAAUGAAGUAGCUACCAUUGGAAGGAUUCACCAUGUUAAUGUGGUUCGUCUUGUAGGGUUUUGCUCAGAAGGGUCACAUAGGGCACUCAUUUACGAGUUCAUGUGCAAUGGGUCUCUAGACAAGUACAUCUUCUCUUCAAAUGGAUCAAACAAACAUUUCACGAUUGAGAAACUCAAUGAGAUCGCAUUGGGCGUGGCUAGGGGACUUGACUAUCUACAUCAAGGAUGCGAUAUGCGAAUUUUACAUUUUGACAUUAAACCUCACAAUGUGCUCUUAGAUCAGAAUUUUAACCCAAAGCUUUCAGAUUUUGGACUUGCGAAAUUGUACCCGAAGGAAAACAGCCUUGUCUCCGCUUUUGCCGCGAGAGGGACGAUAGGUUACAUGGCUCCUGAACUUGUUUCUAGGAGCUUCGGUCUAAUAUCUUACAAGUCCGAUGUCUAUAGUUUCGGGAUGCUUCUGUUGGAGAUGGCGGGUGGGAGGAGAAACGUUGAUAACCGGGCAGAGAAUUCAAGUCAAGUCUACUAUCCUUCUUGGAUCUAUCAUCAGCUUGAACAAACAGAGAGACUUGAAUUCUGCAACGAUAUUGGGAUCGACAAUUUGGAAAGAAAGCUGUGCAAAGUGGGACUAUGGUGCAUUCAGAUGCGGGCAUCAGCUCGUCCUUCCAUGAGCAAAGUUGUAGAGAUGCUUGAAGCUGAUGGGGAUACAAUCGACAUGCCACCGAAGCCUUUCCUAUUUUCUUCUCCAACUUCAUCUACAAAACCGUCCUCAGUACACCCCUCUCUCACAGAAAUAUCAACCAUCUAUGAGGAUGAAUGAAUUUCCCUCGAGUCAUCUAAAAGAGAUCUAUGGUAUCUCCUCAUACGUUGUUGCUAAUUUCAUGUUUCUGCAAUUUUCAUUGCUCUAUUUGUAAUUGAUAUGUCUCAAAAUUUGGAAAUAAUAACGAUAUAAUUUUCUGGUUUUCU